AUGUCACGCUUGCACGAGCAAAUUAUUUGAGGUUAUUCUCAUGUGUAAACACUUGUACCUUUGUCGUUUAAAAACCCAGUUAAAUGGUGUACUUUAGAUUCACGUUGUCGAUACACAUAUGCUCUGUUGUUAUGGUUUAAUUGCAUUUCAGUCAAAUCUAAUUUUUAUUACAACUCGACAGCGUACGAGUGCAGGGACCACUUAUCCCAUAAUGCAAUAUUGUGCGUCUGGGCACAUGCGUAAAGGCCCGCUGCCAUGUCGAAAGUUUUCACUACAAGGAAACAGACUAUGUCGGUAGAUUUGUGACAUUUUCAAUGACUGUCACCAGCUUCUCGUUUAUAUGGAGUUAUGUCAGCUCUGCAGAGUAACGAAUGGAUCUUGCAAGCGAUAGACCAACUCCGUCAACGAAAGGCAAGACCCGAUCUACCGCGAAUAUGUCACAUGGCGAAGCGGAAACACGGAUUGAGAUUCGCUGAGACGGAAGAGCAACUUGAAAAACUUGUGGAUGCACAAAUAGUCAUAAAAGUUGAUUAUAAAGGUAAUAUCAGCUACAGAAACGCUGCCAAGUGGCGGAAAAGUCAUUUAGGUGGACAGGUAUUGAAUUCUAGAGCUGCUGUCGAAAUGUUGACGGAUGCGGUACAUGCUUUGACAGCAGGACGUGAUAACGGAGGAGAGGAAAAAGAAGAAAAACACGGUGCCUCUGUCAGAGACAUAGAGAGAUGGCUUGUGUCACAGAAAAUGGGGAGGGAGGAAUUUAAAGUCCCUCUUCAUGUCAUGUUACAAAGAGAAGUGGAUGCAGGGAGACUUGAAAAACUUCCCAAUGGAAAUUAUAUUACGUCCCAGCUUGGAGCUAAAGCGUGCAAUAUGAAAGCUAUAUUGAAGAGAUGCGUUUCCGUGAAUACUAAAAGAGGGAGACCCCCGAAAAAGAAGAAACUGAAGAGAUUCUACAGUUACGAGCCCCCGGUGACUUGGAAUGUGACGGCGUCCGUCCCGCAGGCAAUGAUGUGGUGUGACUACUGUAAACAGACGUCCGGACAUAACAGACUCGGACAGGCGGAAGACCUGCUCGUCUGUAAAGACUGUGGAGCUAGAGCUCAUCCGACAUGUAUGGAAUAUUCGGAAGUGUUGGCACAGCGAGCGAGUCAGUAUCCGUGGCAAUGUAUGGACUGCAAGACCUGUUGUCUCUGUCUCGACUCCGGGGACCCAGACUCCAUGCUGUUCUGCGAUGCUUGUGACAAAGGCUACCACAUGAACUGUCACCAGCCACAGGUGCCAGAUAAACCGUCAGGGAAAUGGAUAUGUGCAGAAUGUACAGAUCAGGGCGUCACUAUGGCCGAUGUAGAAACCCCAUGCAUCGACGAGACACCGGAAGUCGGCCAUAUUGAUCCUCCCCAUAACACACCCGGCUGCAGCACCACAUCCGGUUUACCAACGCCGUGCGAUUCCCCUGUACACGACGCAGAAACCCUGGACAACAGACUUCCGGUUUUUGUGAAGUUAGCCAAAGCUGCAAUAUCCAGACCGGAUGCUAGCCAUUACCCAGACGCCUCCCGUUGGUCAAUCGAAGAGGUGGUGACCUUUUUUGAAUCCAUCGGGUUUAAGGAGCACGCGGACGCCUUCCGGGAACAGGAAAUCGACGGCCAGUCCCUGUUGUUGAUGAAGAGGAGCGACGUGCUCACCGGCUUGUCACUCAGACUUGGCCCCGCCCUCAAAAUAUACCAGCACGUGACCAAGCUCCAGACGGCCAAUCAAAAGCAUUCCAUCUACUGACGUGGCAGCCAUCUUUAUAAUUAUGAUCAGAUGUGAGACAUAAUUAUAUUCUGGUGUUUAUCACAUAAUAUAAUUAAUAUAUUGUUGCAUAUCAAUCGCAAAAAAAUAUUACCUUGUUCAUGGAAUGACUAACUUUAAUGACGGUAUAACGCACUGUGACGAGCUAAUACGAAAUAUUAUACUACGACGCUAGUUAACUAGAGUUACGCCUUUACGGUAUCUUCAGGAAAGAUGCCUGUAUGGGAUUCUGUCCUAUUGUGUCUUGUUAAACUCUACACGUGUUGAACACGUGUGGACACUAAUUUUCGAUUGUCAACCUUUGACGUUUUUAUGUACCUGACAACUAUGACAUUAUUAUUAAACUUCUAGUGUAUGAUGUAAGGAUCUCUGUCCUACUGCUGGCAAAACGAUUUCCAAACUUAGAGUAGUCUCCCCUACCUAUAGAAGGAGCGAUUGUUUGUUUUUAUCGGAAGUCGGGAAACGAAUACCGGUUUGUGUUGCAGGUUUUGUAUCAAAACACUGUUGCUGACUUAUUUUGCCAUAUUUUGAUUAUUUUCCGUUACAGUUCCGCAGAGUAUCGAUUUAUUUUCUGUAACAAUUUAUCAAAGGUAUAGCAAUUCUGAUAAAAAAAAAAAAAAAAAGUUUCCAACUCAUAGUUAAAGUUUUCGGCAGUGGUAUGGGAUUCCUUUUUAAUUGAAAACAUUUGUUAAACCCUGAUUUGAAUGAAUUCGCAGAUUUGUUAUGAUGUUUAUAUUAACGACCCUUCCAAUAACACGCUAUUUACCGCGUGUUAUUACAUCGUAGUCAGAAGGAAUCUUGUAAUGGUGGUUAACAUAUUGUACUGUCGUUAUUACUGGUAAUCAUAUAAAUUCCUCGAGGUAUUUAUGGAAGCGUAAUUCACGAGGAGAUACGAUGCCAGAUUUAAGCAUUGAAACAAUCGAAACAUAAUUAUCGCUGUUUAUUUUGUAAAUAUAUAUCCUUGUGAUUAUGUUGUAUGAAAACAGCACGUCGUCACCUUGUUAGAGUCACGUGCAGGCUCGGUCCUCUCCUACUGCUUCUUCCUAACACCCAGACAGAGGUCACUGGAAUAAGUGCAAUUGUUGCAACUUCUUUACUAGCCAGUGACACUUUAGACAUAAUAAGGUAUAUUUUUGUUUGGAUUCAAAGGGAAGAUAUUUUCGGCUGACAGGAAUGCUCUUAGCAUACCCAAAAGUCUGUAUAAUUCGAUAUGUUUGAAUUCGCGUUCGUCUCUCCUUAUGUGUAAACCCAAAAUAUGUCAAAUCUCGCGGAAUUUUUGUUACCAACUGGGAUUGUUUAAAAUCCCGUCAUAUACGUAUAUUUACGUUUCAUUGUGAUAAGUAGGAAAAUUCCAUGAAACAAGUAUGUGUCGUCGAAGGGAUUUUUAAUCGAAAGAUUUGUAAGUCAAGUUUUUGAGAGGAUUUCUAAUAAACCGGUGCAAAAUAAUCUUUUGAUAUUCUCAUGGAAGUAUCCCAUUACUUUAAAAGUCCAUGAAAAUGCAUGUUUGUUUUAUAAACAGCAGGACACUGCAGCGACAGUUGCCAAAAACCUUUGUUUAUUAUAUCACUGACCAGUGUUUAUUAUAUCACUGACCAGUGCGGUCCUGAUAAAACCUUUGUUUGUUAUAUCACUGACCAGUGCGGUCCUGGUAUAACCUUUGUUUAUUAUAUCACUGACCAGUGUUUAUUGUAUCACUGACCAGUGUUUAUUAUAUCACUGACCAGUGCGGUCCUGAUAUAACCUUUGUUUAUUAUAUCACUGACCAGUGCGGUCCUGGUAUAACCUUUGUUUGUUAUAUCACUGACCAGUGUUUAUUAUAUCACUGACCAGUGUUUAU